AUGGCAUAUUUUCAAGCAAAAAAAGACAUGAGACAAGGUGAUCCCUUAUCACCUUUUCUAUUUUCCCUCAGUAUCGAAUAUCUUACCAAAUGCCUAGGAGAGUUGAAGAAUGAACCUGCUUUCAACUUCCAUCCUAAGUGUGAAAGAAUUCAUUUGAAUCAUCUCAUGUUCGCAGAUGAUCAUAGUUUUGUGGGGAAAAUCAUGGUUGCUUUCAACAAAUUCUCUCAAGCCUAUGAUCUAGUUGCUGGUAUUGAAAAGAGUAGCAUCUACAUAGUUGGGGUGUCAUAUGAUGAAGCUAGGGAUAUAGCUACAGCGGUACAUCUUCCUGUUGGUGACUUUCCCUUCAAAUACCAUGGGGUUCCCUUAUCUGCCAAGAAGCUGAACUACAGCCAAUGUAAAGUUUUGGUUGAGAAAAUCACUGAAAGAGCUCAACUGGGGAACAAAGACAAGGAGCGAUUUGAACCUAUAACCACCGGAGAUCGGUUAGGGAAAGUGAGAACUGCUUUUUUUUAG